AUGGCUGAGGUCCAAAACGGCCAAGAUGUCCCGGGAAUUAAGCUAUUCGGGACAACGAUUACAUUGCAAAAUAGAUCACAAGUAAAAGAAGAACCCAAGAAAGCUGAUCAAACGGCGGAGAAGAGGCCAGAUAGGAUCAUACCAUGCCCAAGAUGCAAAAGCAUGGAGACUAAAUUUUGUUACUUCAAUAACUACAACGUUAACCAGCCAAGACACUUCUGCAAGGGCUGCCAGAGGUACUGGACAGCUGGCGGGGCUCUACGGAACGUGCCCGUGGGGGCCGGUCGACGGAAAACCAAGCCGCCGUGUCGAGGGCUGGCCGGAUUCCCAGAGGCUUGUAUAUACGAGGGUUCAGAGGUGGUGCACCAGUUUGAGUUGGAUGGGGUUAUUGAAGAGUGGCACAUGGCCGCGGCACAAGGCGGUUUACGCCAAGUUUUUCCAGUGGUGAAGCGGCGGAGGAGCGGCUCAGGUGGUCAAACAUGCAGCUGA